AUGUACCAAGACAGACAAAACUUACCAUCACAUCUAAAAGGUAUAUAUGUUCAUAAGUUCCUAGUUAGUUCAAUAGCAAUGUGGGCUUGGCCCCGUUAUGCAAUCUACAUACUUAUGCUACUUGACGAACUUUGUACAAAGCAGAGAGAAGAUAUGAUGAAAGAAGACAAAAGCAUACAGAAAAGAAUACCACGUUCGGUACCAAAAGGAAAGGAGAAGAGCUAUAAGUAUAUGAUUUACACUGAAGAGUUGGAGAAAGAAGAAGAUAAAGAUAUGGUUAUGUUACAUUUAGUCAGAAGAAACAACAAGAGCUUUUAUGACCUCGCUAAAAUAUAUAAAUCUGACAGAAACUGGUUCUAUCGUGAAAACUUACCGAUUUCAAUGACACCGAAUGAGCAAAUAAAGGAAAUUGUCAAAAAUACUCUUCCUCAAACACACUAUGACAUCAAAGGUUGCACAAUACUUACAUUCAAAGAAGACUUAACAUUACUGAAGGAAAAAAUAACAGAAUAUUUCGACAACUUCAAAGAGGAAGAAUGA